UAUAUCCAAUCUUAUUUGUUUAAGAUAAUUAUUUUCUAGAAAUGUCAUCAUCUUCAUCCGAUGAAGUCGAUGCAAGAUUGGACGAAAUUUGCGAUGAAUACGUGGAAGAAAUAUACAACGACAUAGUGGAGACCCAAACCAUACCACAAAGGACACGUCAGUAUGUUGAACGACACCGCGAAGGAGGACAAGACCAGUUAUGGAAUGACUAUUUCAGCGAAGAUCCGACAUUCUCGACUGCAAUUUUCAGACGCCGUUUUCGCAUGAAUAAGAAUUUAUUCUUGCGUCUUGUUCAUGGCCUAGAAGAGUACUUUCCAUUCUUCCAGCAAAGAAGAGAUGCGACCGGGAGAUGGAGUCUUACGGCACUACAAAAAUGUACUGCUGCUAUUCGACUGCUUGCUUAUGGUAAUGCGGCUGACACCGUUGAUGAAUAUCUCCGACUUGCUGAGACCACUGCACUUUCGUGUUUACAUAAUUUCACAGACGGAAUUAUACAAUUAUUCGGAAAUGAGUAUCUACGACGACCCACACCGGAGGAUCUCCAACGGCUAUUAGAUAUUGGAGAGAAACGAGGGUUUCCUGGGAUGGUCGGGAGCAUUGAUUGUAUGCAUUGGGAGUGGAAAAACUGCCCAACCGCUUGGAAAGGACAAUAUGCACGUGGAUCGGGAAAACCGACAAUUGUCUUAGAGGCGGUAGCUUCUCACGAUCUUUGGAUAUGGCACGCCUUUUUUGGUCCUCCAGGUACCUUAAACGAUAUUAAUGUUCUCGAUCGAUCUCCUGUUUUUGAUGACCUUUUACAAGGUCGAGCUCCGAGGGUAAAGUACAUGGUCAACGGACACACGUAUAAGUUGGCGUACUACCUCACAGACGGUAUAUAUCCAAAAUGGUCGACAUUUAUCCAAUCUAUCACACUCCCACAAACUCCUCAACAUGAGUUAUUUGCUAAAGUUCAAGAAGCAACCCGAAAAGAUGUGGAGCGGGCUUUUGGAGUUUUGCAAUCUCGAUUUGCAAUUGUUAGAAAUCCGGUUAAAACAUUGAACAAAGAAAAGAUAGGGAAGAUUAUGAGAGCAUGUAUCAUACUCCACAAUAUGAUAGUCGAAGAUGAACGGGAUGGAUACUCUCAUAUUGAUAUAUCUGAAUUUGAAGAAGGAGACGCCUCCAGAUGUUCAGAGGUGGAAACCGAGAUGCCAACAAAUCUGAACAAUAUCUUUCCCACUCGGAAUGAUCUUCGUGAUAGGCAAACGCAUGAAAGAUUGAAGAAUGAUUUAAUCCAAAAUAUUUGGAAUAAAUUUGGUGAUGAAGAUUAAUAAUUAUUCUAUAUUUAUGUUAAAUUUUUGUUUUUAUGUUUAAUUAAUGUAUUUUAUGUUUAAUUAUUGUUUUAAUGUAUAAUUAUUGUAUUUUGAUGUUAAGUUAUGAAUUAAUUAAUGUAUUAAUUAAUGUAUUUUUUGUUAAAUUAAUGUAUUUUUUGUUUAUUUAUAUUUCACAAAAAAAAAUAUUUUUUUUCCUAAGGAUUCUAACUUAAGGAUCACCAUUGUACACACUUUUUUAACAAGAGUCCUUAACUAUUCAAAAAAAAAAAAAAAAAAAAUUUUAAUACUUUAAUAAU